ACUAAAAUUGUUUGAAACUGUUGAAAAUAUUUAUAUUUUACAUUUUACUCGUACCUACAGUUGUGACCCAUCCUUAAAAAUGAAGGCCAUGACGUUAAUAUGUAUAACCAUCGUAUUAGGUGUUUCGAUGAUGCAGGACGUAGAUGGUGGUAAAAAAGUGAGCGAUAAGAAAUUACAAAACUGGGGUAAGGGAAAUGCAGAUAUAAAUAAGAAAACAAUAAAUUUAAGAAGAAUAAAUUUAAAAAAAAACGAUCAACUCCAGAAACGCGGACAUGAGCUACGGGAUUUGCUUGAAGUCAUACAAUAUGUGAUCACCGAUGCGAUUAAUAACCAAGAAUUCCGCACUUUUUUGAUUAAACGGUUCUUACACAACUACGUCCCACAAGCAUCCGAAUAUUUAGGUGCAAUAAAGCAACUUAAAAAGAAAAUGAACCCAGAAGCAGCUAAAGAAGACGAUGAAAAUGAUGAAGCAAUGAAAAAUCAAUAAAAAGUAUUAAUAACUAUGAACUUUAAAUUUAAUUAAAUAAAUAUAACCCUGAAUAUGAACUACAAUUAAUUAAACUUGGCAAUAGUUUAUUUACAAACAUCUAUAAAACGAUCAAUAUUACUAUUAAUUUAUUAAUUUUUCUCAGAAAUUAGGAAAUUACUAUAAUAAUCCAUCAAUACUCAAGAUUGUCACUUAUAGUUAAAAUUAUCUUAUAUUUUAUAACACAUUUAUAUGGAUUAGGUUUAGUUUCAGAAGUCCAAUAUUAAUAUUUCAUGGGUUUUUUGUGAUGAAAAAACAACACAAAAGCAUAAUGUAAAUGCUAAAUAAAUACUGUCCAAAUUAAA